GACAAUAAUGUACAAAUUAAGCAUGUUGUGUUGACGGAUGGCGCUCUUUUGGAAUUAUCCAAAGCCAUCAGCAAACAUAGCCAGGUGGGAAAUUAUAGCCUUCUCACACAUCGACCAAACUCUCGUGACUGUGGAAGAGAUUUAUUUAUUGAUUGGAAUUAAGACCCAACCUGUCUCUUUUCGGCCUUUCAUCGGACACAUCGAGUUGGGCUAUUUUUGUCAAUAUACAAUAUUUUGAUUUUACAAAACAAAGUCCUCUUAAGGGUCCAGCAUCAGUCUGUUGCUUACGUCGAGGAGACCGCAACUCACGAUGAAUCAUCCCGUGUUAUUUUGAUUGAUUCCUGUUAAGGUCUUUUGAUAGCAAACUGACCCAAUCAAAGCUAAUCACUCAGUCUAUAGCCUUUUGGAUCAAGAGGAAAUCAGUCAAGAAGAAUUAAUUGAGCACUCAAAUUUUCUUUGCACAAAGCGACCUGGACGAACGUCAACAGGCCAUGAAUAAAGUGCUACUUUGGCUGCUYGUUAUAGCUUGCUAUGCAUCUGGUGUUACCGGAUUCUGGGGAAAGGCCAGUCUCGUGAAUGGCAUCUGCAAGAACACUGCAACUGCGAUGAAAGUCAGUAAGAACUUUUGUUCGAGCAAGCCUGAACUCGUGAAGACAGUUGUGAAUGGAAUUGCUCUAGCCAUCGAUGAAUGCCAACACAAGUUUCGAAACAGAAGAUGGAACUGUUCCACAAUUAAGAAGUCAAUACGAAAAAUACUUCAGCACGAUUACCGAGAAACAGCUUUCGUGUUUGCCAUUACAUCGGCUGGAAUAACUUACGAAGUCAGCAAAGCAUGUUCUACAGGCAGCCUAGAGGCCUGCAAGUGUCUUGAAUCACGCAUCGGUGGAAUUGAAUCGUACAGUGAUGAAAACGGCUUGCUUACAAAACGAUCAACAGAAUCAAAGAAUGCAGCUCUUAGAGAAGCUAGGCAAAAACAUUUUGAGCGAAACGGAUGCAAGGAUUUUGUCAAAUACGGUAUCCAGAUCGCUAAACAGUUUGUUGAAGGAGAGAGCAACAACAUUGACGCAAAAGCAUUAGUUACAAAACAUAAUUGUAAGGCCGGAAGAGAGGCCGUGAAAAAUAGCUUGAAAGAGAAGUGCAAAUGCCAUGGAUUAUCACAGUUUUGCACUAUGAAAACAUGCUGGUCAGUACUUGAUCCGUUUACAAAAACCAGCGCUGGAAUAAAGACGAGGUUUGAUCGUGCAAUUAAAGUCUACGUAAACAACAACGGAGAUAGUUUGAUCCCAGAGGAAAAGACUGUCAAACCCCCCACUUCCGAGGACCUUGUCUACACAACUAAGUCGCCGGAAUUUUGCUACCGCGAAAAAGAAACAGGUUCUUUGGGAACAAUUGGCCGACGUUGUAAUAUAUCGAGUAUGGGUAUAGGGGGAUGCGAAUUACUUUGUUGCAGUAGAGGAUACACUACUAAGAGAGUUGUGGAACACUUUAAUUGUAAAUGUAAAUUUUAUUGGUGCUGCAAAGUGACAUGCAACAGAUGCAAACGAGAAACGUUAAUACACACUUGCCUGUGAUGUACUUAAAACAGUUAUUCAACAAGACAAAAUACUAUCUAAUUAAUAWWARRMMAAAAAAAGGAUUCAAAGGAAUUUCAAUUGACAAAUCUACAUUGUAGACACGAUUGUGGCGUAGCAAGAAAUGAAAUAUUCAAAUAAGAUUCGAACUGAAGAACCAUUGAAAAGCACCUCAAAAGAACCCAGAAAAAGCUYAAGAUCAGGAAAAGGGAAGCUUGUGGAGCAGAAAAGCGSCUUAGAUAUCAAUAGCGGUAAAUUCCGCCGUUUAGAGAAGCCGCGGUAUCCRUGUGCCAGACAUCGACUGCGGCCCCAGCGAGGUGCCUUCAGUAGAAAAAAURCGAUAAAGUAGCAUCCCACUUGGGGUUGAAUAACUAUAAAGCGUAGAAAUGAUUCAAGCCUAGGAGAACUUUAGUGGUAUAUAAUAAACAAAAUGGAUCGAUCAGCAGGUAGUACGCAGUAAGACCCUUGCAUCGCUAUACAAAUCCUGUUAUUACUACCGUCGAUAAAAGCUCCCCGCUGAUGAACCGUUUAUUGGACUAUUAAGUGCAGCGAGAACGAUGUGUUAAGAAGUUGAGGCACUUUAGAUAGUUUAUCAUGCUCAAUACAAAGCAAGGAAGCAAAGUCCUUCAAUAAACAGUACAUUAUUUGGACAAUUACGACAAGAGUUUACUUCUCUGCAAAGAAAUCUCCAAAUAUAAUUCACUUUGGACAUCAUCUAUUCUAUGAAUACCCGCGCGUACGAGCGAGCUUAGCGGGAAGCCCGGUUUUUAAUAUCGAGGUAACCAAAACCUUCUCCUGUCGAAACAAAGGAGGCCACUUGACGGCCAAGUUGCUGUUUUUGUCUAUGCUGAUAUCGUAGCGAGAAAUUUAAUUAAAUAACUGAAACAAUGAUUCAAACAAAGAUUGUGAAGUUCAUGGUGAUCGCUUACAUGUGAACUUGGCUUUGGAUGGCAUGGGAGGUACAGUCCCAGUAGUGUAAUAUAUGAUCCGAUAGUCAAAGCACAGCAAGUGCCCAAAUAUGAAGUAACAUUUUCUGUGUAAAUAGAAUGUUUAACCCAAACAAAUAUCUUAAUUAUUUACUUCAAGUUUUUCAAAAUAAGCGUCUAAAAGCUUGAUACUUUUGCAGCUGUGCUAAAUAAAGUAAAAACCAUAACUAAGAAAGAAAGGAGGUCGGUGUACACGUUUUGUUAUGUGAACUUYAAGAGUAAAAUCAAGAAUCCCUUUUGA